AUGCCAGUGCAAGCCUCAUUACCGCCUGUCGGCAACAUACGGUUCAUACCACUUUCUUACGAUCCAGACAAAUCACAGACCUCCGCCCUCCGAUUAGUGUUCGCCCUUCGCCCUGAGUGGAAGGGUGGUAAGAUUGAAUUCAUCCGUUUCACUGACGGUAUUACCAACACCCUGUUAAAAGUUGUCAAUAACGUACCUGGACAAACUGACCAAGAAAUCGACACCCAAGCUAUUCUCUUACGAGCCUAUGGUGAGGGAUCAGAUAUUAUCAUUGACAGAGAGAGGGAAGCACAGAAUCAUGAGGUGCUUAUGCAUCACAAACUAGCACCGCAGCUACUGGCCCGAUUCCAAAAUGGGAUGCUUUAUAAAUUUUUGCGGGGCACCGUCACAUCCCCCUCGGACUUACAGACCCGGGAUGUAGGUCUAGCUGUUGCAAGACGGCUAGGAGAAUGGCAUGCUGUGCUUCCCUGUAUACCAAACCCCGUAGAAAUUAUAUCAACUGAAGCCAUUGGCGAUCAAGAUGCAAAGAAUAGAACUUUGGCUACAAAUGGAAUUAAACUUGAAGUACAAGAUCCAGCUCAUAAUAUCGUUACAGGAAAUAUAGUGCCCAAUAUCUGGACUACUAUGCAGAAAUGGAUCUAUGCUUUGCCUGCGGAAACGAUUUCGGAAAAAAAUCGGCAAGAAACCCUAAGAAAUGAAAUGAAUCGCCUAGUUCCCGAAUUAAGCAACAGGCCAAGUCUUGGUGUAAAUGGUCUGGUAUUUGCCCACUGCGACCUAUUAAGUGGCAAUAUCAUUGUUGAGCCUCGUGCCGAAGACAUGGUAGAUGCACCGCUUACUGUAAACUUCAUCGACUACGAAUAUGCCACUCCUUCUCCCGCCGCCUUUGAUAUCGCAAAUCAUUUCGCCGAGUGGGGGGGUUUUGAAUGUGAUUACAGCAAACUGCCUACUAAGACUCAGCGAAAAGAGUUCAUCCGUCAGUACAUAAGCAGCUACGCGACACACAUAAAGUCAGGCAUCUCUCCGAUUGAUCAAGAGUUUGAAGCUGGGCGGCUUUUAGAAGAAGUUAACAUGUUUCGGGGAAUCCCAGGAUUUUAUUGGGGUAUUUGGGGGCUUAUUCAGGCUAAAAUUUCACGUAUAGACUUUGAUUAUUCUUCAUAUGCUGAGCUGAGACUUUGCGAAUACUGGGACUGGCGAUCAGAAAGUGACGGAUCUCGUGCAGCUCAAGGCAGAGAAAUUCCAUUGCGCGAAGCAAGGUGGGCCGAAGAAUGA